AUGGCCCCAAGAGUUGUCUUGAUCACUGGUGCAAAUAGAGGGUUAGGUCUUGAGCUCGCCCAGCGAUAUCUCGCCGAGCCUGACCAUAUCCUCAUCGCGGCGAUACGGGACCCUUCGCCAGCGAGGACCGCGAGCCUCACCUCUGCUCCCAUGGGGCAAGGCACCAGGCUGGUCGUCGUAAACUACGAGGCAGCUGUUGAAAAGUCGCCUUUUGAUGCUGUCAAGUCCCUCGAGGCCGACCACGGGAUCGAACACCUCGACAUCGUCGUCGCCAACGCCGCCCUGGCCAGCGAAUUCCCCGCCAUCAAGGAUGUCAAGCGCGGCUCCAUGCUGGAGCACUACACCGUCAACGUGGUGUCCAUCGUGGAGCUGUACCGGGCCACCCGCCCGCUGCUCGAGAAGGCGUGGGGGCUGUCGCGGCCCCGGUCGCCCGUCUUCGCCACCAUGGGCUCGGGCGCCGGGACGCUGACCCGGCAGCCGGUUGUCCCCAACGGCGUCUACGGGGCCUCAAAGGCGGCGGCGCACUGGUACUCCCAGCGCAUCAACAUCGAGGAGGAGUGGCUAAGCUCCCCGGUCAUCGAUCCGGGCUGGGUCCAGACCGAGAUGGGCGACCUCGCGGCGGAGACGUGGGGGAUGGGGAAAGCGCCCACGACUGUCAAGGAGUCCUGCGACGGCAUGUUUACGGUCCUCAACGACUCGGAGUCCAAGGCAAAAUUUGGAGGGAAGAUGGUUCUUUACACUGGAGAGAUUCAGGCAUGGUGA